AUAUUGUUUGCACGCGCUUUCAUUUGAGAAACGCACCGAGAACCGGUGCAUGUUGCAUUCAAUAAAUAUUUCCGAUUGGCAAUUAUUUUGUGUUUAAGUUUUGGUUGAAAUAUCCAUGCAAAAUCAUAAGUUCCGAUGGUGUCAUCAAGAAUGAAAGUCAACAAAAAGUUGUUGCCUGUUAAAGGGCAUUAUUUUCUUUUCAAUGCAGGAACUGCACCCCUAGUCCCAUAUCUCUCCACAUAUGCCCGGCAGCUGGGAUUCUCUUCGGCCACUGUGGGUCUGAUCUACACAAUCCUGCCAAUAUUUGGACUGGUAGCAAAACCUCUUUUUGGAGUUAUUGCUGAUAGAUUUAGGAUACAAAAAUCGCUUUUCAUAAUAUUUCAAAUAGUAACUAUUGUGAGCUUCGGAGCCAUAUACCUGAUACCGGAGUCCGAUAACCUCGCCACAGUGGGCAUUUCCUGCAGUAGUGGAUUAUCUUACCUUCAGAGCUGUUAUUCGUCGGAGAACUUGAUAGAUUUUGAUAAAUUAAACAAGCUAGGAAAAGAAAAUGCUACGACUACAUGUCAUAUGACUUGCGACAUGACGUCACCAAAGAUGUGGCAAACGAUAUGUGAACACUGGCACAUACCGCAAUACUGCUACAGUGCCACCGACAGUAUAAACUACACUGCGUAUGUGGCUGGCUCCACCGUGCGCGACAACUGCGCUUAUAUAGCUGCUAACAACGUCUCACUAGAAGGCAAUUUUUACACUCCCCGCUGCAAUAUGGGAAGCGACUACGUGGACAUUAACGAGCCAUGUAACCUGAAGUGCGACAAUGCAGCUCUCUCUGGAGUGAUAGGCAGUCGCACGGCCAACAUGACUUGCGGGAACCAGACCCUCAACUACAAGCUGUGUGUGAACGAUACCUCGCUGGAACAGAUACCUGCCAAUGUUAGCAGCAAAUGUGAGGCGCAUUGCGACUUAGACUCGACGACUCCAUGGCGUCUCAUGGAGAUCUGCGACGGCUGGUACGCUGACGACGCGGAAUCCUGCCAACCGAAGACCCGCCAGGGGCAGGCGCUGCCGAAUGAACUGUCGUUCACUGGAUACGUGGAACUGGACACCGCGACCAAUGUUAGCUCUUGCGUUUAUGCCAGGCUUAAAAACGUGUCAAUUCCUAAUGGUGACACGGAGUCUGUGCAUUAUCCGUAUUGUGCAUCACACGAGUUGUUCAAGACGUCGUGUAAAAUAAAUUGCAAGAAAGCUGAGUUGAACGAGCUGUUUCAAGCGGCGACAGAGAGCCUGAACUCGGGCAGCCAAUACACCGGCCAGUUCUGGAUGUUCUUCGUACUCAUGAUCCUGAGUUGGGUGGGCAUGGCGGUUGUCGUCACCUUCGCUGAUGCUAUCUGCUUCAAUAUACUAGGUGCCAAAGUGUCCCAAUACGGCAAACAGCGACUAUGGGGCUCGGUGGGCUGGGGUAUAUUCUCUCUGCUCACCGGGACCCUCAUAGACGUGUUCAGCGAAGGAGAGUACAAAAAUUACGCCGUAGCGUUCGUGUUUAUGUUCGUGUUCAUGCUGGGUGACGUCAUCGUGUCGUGUUUUAUAAAGAUUGAAUCCACCAAAAUGUCAGUGAGCAUUCUCGCCGACGUCGGAACCCUGCUAUCCUCUCUACCAACUGUGAUAUUCUUUCUAUGGACGAUAACAGUGGGUCUCUGUACGGGACUGCUCUGGUCGUUUCUGUUCUGGCAUUUAGAGGACAUUUCGAAGCAAAACGGCAGUGGCUCGGAGUAUGACAAGACUCUGCAGGGCCUGGUUAGCGCUAUACAGACGUUUGCAGGGGAGAUACCUUUCAUGUUUGUGUCUGGAUACAUACUAAAGCGUCUGGGUCAUAUAAACAUGAUGACCCUUGUGUUGUUUGCCUUCGGCGUACGUUUUAUACUAUACUCGCUAUUGACCAACGCAUGGUGGGUUCUGCCCAUAGAGAUGUUUCAGGGCAUCACCUUCGGCAUGUUUUACCCCACCAUGGCGUCAUACGCCAAGGUCGUGUCACCACCUGGGACUGAAACUACUGUACAGGGUUUGACAGGAGCUAUAUUCGAAGGCGUUGGCACUUCGCUCGGCAGUUUCAUCGGAGGCCUUCUCUACGACCAAUACGGGAGCUGGAAGACUUUCCUGUGGUUUGGGAUCGGGUCCCUGGUUUUCUGCGUGAUUCACAUCGUCGUCCAGUGCCUGGUCAAGGACAGAACGGCAGGAACACAGCAAGGAGGCUACAUGUCCAUCAUAAGAUAUGAGCAGCCCGGAGAUAUGGUGUGUAUAAUGGAAGAUCACCUAGAAGGCAGGGAAAUGCAGUUGCGGUAGUUAUAAACAUAUACUUUCGUUAACUUAGUGAAUUUGAGAUCGGUCACUCCGAAACCGUUGUACGCCAUGUUAACUGCGAUUAGCUGGGCGCAGUACCUGUGUAGUAUAUCCUUCAUAUACAUAAGUAUCUAACUUAUUGUCUAAUGCUACAUUAGAGCUAUUUUUUUUUGUAAUAGCUAGGUAUACAUAUAAUUUGUUACCUAGCUGUCGUGAUUGCAGAACAUUUCAAAUAUAAUUCUACAAUUUCUCAGAGUAAAACAUAAUAAGUAUGUAUCAUGUUAUACGUGGGCAUAUAUGCUCACUGUGCUCAUACAAUUGAUGGAAUCAUUGUUACUAAGUUAAUUUUUUUUAUACUACGACGGUGGCAAACAAGCAUACGGUCCGCCUGAUGGAUAGCGGUCACCGUAACCUAUGGACGCCUGCAAAUCAA